CGAUAAUAGAUAGAAGUUAUAGUGGUUACGAUAACCAAUAUGUAAUAAUAUACUGAUUCAAGUUUACUAACAAAUAAAUAAAAAUACAAUACUCAAAACAUAUCCGGUGCUAAUCAACUAUUUUUUUUUUAGUUCUUAAUAUAAAUCACUAUUUUCAUUCUUCAUUCAUUUAAUAAACGCCUUAAAUGUGUGAUACGUAUUCCUUAUUUUUUAUACUUAAUGAUCUAUUUUGUUUAUAGUGUGUGUAAUUCUGUACCUAAUGUCUGAAUUUUCGUAUCUUUUGUUUUUCUCUAUUUUAUGUAUGAAAUGUAAUUAUUUUCAAGUUAUCGACUUUUUUAAACAUAAAUAUUUUCCUUUCAAUCCAUAGAAUAUGUAAUAUUGUCUUUUCGAUUUAUAAUGUUGACUUAUAUUUAAUUAAAAUAAGUAGUACUGUUAAGUAUACUUCGAUAAUUCUGUAAAUAUCAUGGACAAUAAAAGAGGAAAACCAAAAUUCAUGAAAAGAAAAGCAGCACUUAACAUCACUUUUUGUAUGAAAAAGGAAAGAAAUGCAUCCAAUAAAAAAAUAUUAGAAAUAAUUCAGAAACCAUUAUCCGAGAGAACACUUGAUGAUCAAGAGAUACUGAAUACUUGUAAAGAUACUGUACAUAAAAUUACUCAAAGAUUGGAUCGUAAAAAAAAAGUUAAAGAAAGACUUCAAGAAUUUGAAGAUCCACUGGAAGUUAUUGAAGCAAAAUGUGAAGAGUUAGCCAAAGCCAUCUUAUCAGCAUCAAAUUUAGUGGUCUACACAGGUGCUGGGAUUAGUACUGCUGCUAAAAUUCCUGAUUACAGAGGGUCAAAUGGUAUAUGGACUCUUUUAGAUCAAGGAAAAGAUAUUGGAUGUCAUGAUUUAAGUCAAGCUGAACCAACUCUUACUCAUAUGGCAUUAUAUAGAUUGUAUCGUGAAGGAUUGUUAAGACAUGUUGUUUCUCAAAAUUGUGAUGGAUUACAUUUGAGAAGUGGCUUGCCAAGACCAGCUUUAUCAGAAGUUCAUGGAAAUAUGUUUAUUGAAGUAUGCAUUAAUUGUAAACCAAAUAGACAUUACCUACGUAUGUUUGAUGUUACGGAACAUACAGCAAGGUUUAAUCAUAAAACUUUAAGAUUAUGUUAUGCGUGUCAUAAACCAUUAAAAGAUACUAUUGUGCAUUUUGGCGAACGAGGCAAACUUCAAUGGCCAAUCAAUUGGUCCACAGCAUGUAAACAUGCUGAAAAAACUGAUGUUAUUUUAUGUUUAGGAUCCAGCUUAAAGGUUUUGAAAAAAUAUCCAUGGCUAUGGUCUAUGGACAGACCAUUAAAAAAAAGACCUAAAUUGUUCAUUAUAAAUCUUCAAUGGACACCGAAAGAUGACCAAGCCACUUUAAAAAUAAAUGGUAAGUGUGAUAAUAUUAUGUCUAAAGUAAUGUCUAUUUUGAAUUUGGAUAUACCGAAGUAUCAACGUUGUCUUGAUCCAAUAUUUCAUCAUGCUACAUUGUUAGUAUCUACUGAAGAACAUACUACUGUACAUCCGGUCUUAGCAGGGCCAACUGAUGAUGUUCAAAGUGACCCCGCUAUAUCUGAAAAAUGUGAAAAAUUUGAGUUAGAUAUUAGCAAUUUUAUUAAUAAUGCCAAAAUGUGUUCAGGAUCAAGUGACCUAACUCAACCAAUUGAUCUCAAUAGUUUAUUAAAAUUUGAAAAUGCUUCCUUAAUAGAUGAGCAAAAAGAAUGUUUGAAUUCUCCAUCUUCUUCAAACAUGGAGCUCAUUCCAUCAAUUAGUAAUUUUUGGAGACCUUUUAUUGAAGGUAUAGAACAACAAUCAUUAGACAAUCCAAAUAUGAUGUCAUUGAUCGAUCCAUUAGUACCAUAUUUAAAUCCAUUUUUCAUUAAUAAUAUGGAAACCUUAGGUUUAUCACCAACUCCAGUAGAUCAACUUUAUAAAACUUUUGUUUAUCAAGCAUGUAUAGGCCUAGCAGCCGUUGAAAAACUUCAAUUAGAAAAAAAACAAUUAAACGGGAUUGAUAAAAAAAAUAUAGAUGUAACUGAAGAUAAAGAUGAUGCUAAAAAAUCAGAUGUCUCUAUUAGUCGCUAUUGCACAUUUUGUCAUCCUGUCUACGGUUCAACAAAAUGUUUAUUUUAUCACCGUUAUGAAGAAACAUUUAAAGAUAAUGCAACAGCUUGUUUAUGUUGUGAUGAUGAAUCGGAAGAUGAAGAUGAAAAUGAAAUAAAAAUUGAUGUAUUAAAUGAUAAAAAUGAGAUAAAGAUGGAUGAAAUGAGCGAUAAAAAUGAUGAAAUUAUUGAAAAAGUUAAAGUAACAGCUGGCUGGUUUGGAAAAGGUUACAGAAAAAGAAUUAAAAAAAAAAAAUAAAUCAAUUACCAUUCCAUUAAAUUUUCAUUACUUCAAUCCUUAUUUCAACUUAAAAAAAUUCAUACUAUUUCUAUGUUUAGUAUUUUGUUUGAUAACAAAUUUUUUAGUGUUAGUUUAUAGUAUUUUUUUUCUUGAAUGAACUGUUAUACUAGAAAUCGCAAUAUAAAAAUACUAAUAAUAUAGUUUAUUAUUAUUAUUCUAAGCUAUAUUAGAACAGAAUUUUAAUAAUAUAAUUAUGAAUGUUAUAAAUUAUUACUAUUGUGGGUGUCAAUAACUUUAGGAAUAAUGUAUCGGAUUUCUAAAUCCAUUAAAAUAUUAACUCGUAUGAGAAAGCUAACAUUUAAAAUUUUACUUAGAGUAUUUUUCUAAUCAAUUAUUUGUAAGUAUUUUUUAGUCUUGUGUAAUUUUCUAUAAUGUAAUGAAAUUUUGUAUAGUUAAAUUUAUUUACCAUACUAAAUUGACAUCACUUUUUUCUUUAAUUUUUACAUAUUUGAAUUUUUUUACAAGUUGACUGCCACUUUGUUUUAUUUUAAUUUUUUUUUUUUUUUUUUUUUUUUACUUAUUACUUUAUUAUUGUUAGUAAUUAUUUUUACUAUAGUGUAAUGUAACAAUUAUACUAGACUAAAGGUCAUUUAAAUUGUAAGCUUUAAAUUAUAAUUUACUAAAGUGCAAUAUGUGCAUUGUUAUGUUUGUUUAAUGUAUUGAUAUACUAAUAAUUUUUUUACACAUUAUAAUUUUGUGUAGAUUCAAUUAUUUUUAUUUUAUUUUUUUUACCAUAAGAAAAAAAAGGAAGUGUAUUACAUUUAUAAGUGUUAAAAGUUUUGGGUUUUUAAAUAAAUAUAUAUAUUUUUUUUUACUUAA